AUGUCAACAACUCAAAAAUUAUUUAAAUUAUUUUUAUUUUUUGUUUUGAUUAUUAAAAUUGUAAAUUGUGGAAUUUGUUUUGGUAAACCACAGGUUAAUGAGGGUAACAAUUAUGUGGUUAACAAUGAUGGGGAUAAUGAUGAUGGUUUUCAAGGUAGAUUAAUUAAUUAA